UCGGAGAGGGAAGCUUGGGACCAGCAAAGGCCCCGGCGCCUCGGGUGGCGGAGGCUGGAGGACAAGCCGCCCUUUCUAAUUCCUCAGCCUCUGUGUAAUCAGCUGCCCUUUUGGAAAUUGGCUGGAUGCCGGUGUCACUGACUUGUCCUCAGCAUACCACGCAGAAGUAACAUGUUCCCAGCAUUGAAAACAGAAGUAAAGCAGGAGACUCUUCCUGAUCCCUAUGAAGACUUUAUGUACCAUCAUCUUCAAUACUAUGGCUACUUUAAAGGUCAGAGAGGUAGUUUACCAAACUCAGCUACGCACCAGCAUGUUUGGAAGAAUAAUCCGCGAUACCUGUUGAAUGGCUCUUUUGGAAAAAGAGAGGAUACGAGGCCAGACCCUCUGCCAAAGGAGAAGCUUCUGUGGCCCACGUGUUCAUCUUCAGCUGUGCACAGACAGCUAGAAGCCGUGAGCAGAGAUUCCCUUAUGCUUCGCUCCCCACUUCUUAAGAGCAGGCAGCUUCUUCAUGGUGAAUUUGGUGAAGUCAACCCAUGUCUUCAAGAGCCCCGAGGUCUCUUCGCCUUCUUCUCUAGCAGCGGGUCACUGCAGGCUCCGAGGUGGCCAAUAGAAUGUGAGGUCAUCAAGGAAAACCUUCAUCAUAUCGAAUGGGUUCCACCUCAACCAGAAUAUUUCUAUCAACCUACAGGAAAUGAGAAGUUACCAGAAAUUGUAGGAGAAGAAAAAGGCACAGUUGUCUUUCAAUUAGAUUCAGUGCCCACCGAAGGCUCCUAUUUCACCAGCUCCAGAGUGGGAGGCAAGCGAGGGACCAUCAGGGAGCUUGCUGUCACGCUGCAAGGACCCAAGGACAAUACUCUCCUGUUUGAGUCAAGGUUUGAGAGCGGGAAUCUGCAAAAAGCUGUCAGAGUAGACACCUAUGAGUAUGAACUCACCUUGCGGACGGACCUCUACACAAACAAACACACUCAGUGGUUUUAUUUUCGAGUGCAGAACACCAGAAAAGAUGCCACCUACCGCUUCACCAUUGUCAACUUGCUGAAACCCAAGAGCCUUUAUACUAUAGGAAUGAAGCCACUCAUGUACUCCCAAUUGGAUGCCAAGACCCACAACAUUGGCUGGAGGAGAGAAGGGAAUGAAAUCAGGUACUUUAAGAACAACAGGGACGAUGGGCAGCCGCCCUUUUACUGUCUUACGUGGACCGUCCGGUUCCCACAUGACCAGGACACUUGCUUCUUCGCACACUUCUACCCAUACACAUACACUGACUUGCAGUGCUACCUGGUGUCAGUGGCAAACAACCCUGUCCAGUCUCAGUUCUGCAAACUCCGAACGUUAUGCAGGAGCCUAGCCGGAAAUACCGUCUACCUGCUCACCAUCACCAACCCAUCCCGGACCCCUCAAGAGGCAGCUGCGAAGAAAGCCGUGGUCUUGAGUGCCAGAGUCCACCCUGGAGAAAGUAACGGCUCCUGGGUCAUGAAAGGCUUUUUGGACUUCAUCCUUAGCAACUCUCCAGAUGCCCAGCUCCUCAGAGAUCUCUUUGUCUUCAAAGUGGUCCCUAUGUUAAAUCCAGAUGGAGUGAUUGUGGGGAAUUACCGGUGUUCGUUGGCUGGAAGGGACUUGAACAGACACUACAAGACCAUGCUGAAGGAGUCUUUCCCCUGCAUCUGGCACACCAGGAACAUGAUCAAAAGACUUCUUGAAGAAAGAGAGGUUCUCAUGUACUGUGACUUCCACGGCCACAGCCGUAAGAAUAAUAUCUUCUUGUAUGGCUGUAACAACAGUGAUCGCAAGUACUGGCUUCAUGAGCGAGUCUUUCCUUUCAUGUUAAGCAAAAACGCUCCAGAUAAGUUCUCUUUUCAUAGUUGUAAUUUUAAGGUCCAAAAGUGCAAAGAAGGGACAGGACGAGUUGUAAUGUGGCGGAUGGGCAUCCUGAACAGCUAUACCAUGGAAUCUACCUUCGGGGGGUCCACCCUGGGCAAUAAAAGAGAUACUCACUUUACUAUUGAGGAUCUGAAGUCUCUAGGUUAUCAUGUUUGUGACACCCUUCUGGAUUUCUGUGAUCCUGACCGAACCAAGUUCAUGCAGUGUCUAACAGAGCUUAAAGAGCUCUUACAACAAGAAAUCCGUAAGAAAUUCAAUGAACAUGGUCAAGAUAUGGAUUUAGAAGGAAGUUGGAGUGACAUCUCUUUGUCUGACAUUGAAUCGAGCACCAGUGGUUCUGAUAGCUCCCUCUCAGACGGUCUCCCUGUUCACCUUCUGAACAUAGCAGAGAAGGUAAGAUUACACAGGCCCUUCCACUCAGGAAGUAGCAGCCUUCCGGAGAGCAUGAGCCUCCUGGUUAGUGAAUCAAUUGAAAAAUAUUCUCUUUGCACUCAGUCCUUCCAGGAAAGGGCAGGGUUUGCUUCCACUCUGCAAAAACAGCCUACCUUUUUCGGAAACUCAGAGAAUGCCAGUUCUUCAGCGAUGAGAAAUGAAAAACCAAGGUUGAAUGAGUCACAGUUACACGGAAGAGACAAAGGCAUCUCUCUGGACCCAUCAAAAAUGACCUCCUUGAUUCUGACUAAGAAUAAAGAGAGAAUGCAGACAGAGAAGCCAAGAUCCACGGUGUCGUGCUCUCCCAAGAGAAGCACAAACACCAGCCAAGAGCCGGCUCCAGACAUGAAGCCAAACUGGUGCAGGGACAGAUGUCCUGCCACAGAGAGAGGCCGCGCCGCCGUGACGCUGUACCCGUCCUUGCACGUGUACACGUACCCGUAGGGGCCUCACCGGUUGGCACGUUGGCGCUAGACGCAUUCUG